AGAGAGAGAGAGAGAGAGAGAGAGAGAGAGAGCGCAUAUGGGCGUGAAUUUUCCAGGCACCAGCUCCUCCAGGCUGAAUUGCAACUCCCAAAAUAGCAGCACUGCGAAUUCUGGAUCCUCUGAGAAAAAAAAAUGGCUGAAGUAGUUUCACCAAUAACUCGACAAGUAACUAAAGGAAGCCAGGAAAAUGUGACCUGUUUUGUGGAUAUUAAUCUCAGAGACGUCGAAGACUGUUUAAUUUACGACCGGCAUGGAGUUUCUAUUCCGUUCAAGACCCUAUACCAAGACAGGAAAUCGGUCAUAAUUUUUGUGCGGAAUUUCUUGUGCUACAGCUGUAAAGAGUAUGUUGAUGAUUUGGGAAAAAUACCCAGAGAAGUACUGGAGGAUGCUGAAAUUAGACUGGUCGUGAUAGGUCAGUCCGCUUAUCAUCACAUAAAGUCGUUCUGCUUGCUCACGGAGUAUCCUUAUGAAAUAUAUGUGGACCCAGAGAGGCGCAUUUACCAAAAGCUGGGGAUGAAGAGAGAGGAGACAUUCACAGACUCUGCACAGCCUAGUCCCCAUGUGAAGUCUGGCGUUUUUAUGGGCCAAAUCAAGACUAUAUGGAGAGCCAUGACUAGUCCUGCCUUUGAUUUUCAGGGUGACCUACAUCAACAAGGUGGAGCCAUCAUUGCAGGACCUGGCUCCAAAGUCCAUUUUUCCCAUCUUGACAUGAACCGCCUGGACCACAUGCCCAUCAACUGGCUCCUUCAGCUUGCAGGAGCUCAGAAAACGAUUGACUUCAGCGAUAAGCCGAAAAUCAUUCACAUCUAG